AUGGCCAUGUCGUCGCCGGCAACGUCGGCCAGAAAGGCUGUUCACAAACUGGAUGUCGAAAAGGUGUCACUGAAUCUUCAAGACCGCCUGGGCCUUGCUAAAGUCAAAUACGAACGCAUGCAUGGGCUGCACACAGACCCAAUGGACGGCAGCGAAGAUAAUAGCAGCGUUGGAAGAAAGCCUUCCUCCACUUUUUCGAAUGGCCACCCCGGAUUCGAUACCCCCACCGCUUCUACCCCGCUGACAAGCCCCAUCUUGACAAAAGACCUGCCUCGUUCUGCCCGUAGCAAGCAUGCUGCAAUGUUUGAUCUUCGGUCCAUGGAAGCCAUGACCGGCGGCUCUCGAAAACGAAGAAGAUGUGACUCCACGACUGAAAAGUCUGUGAAGGCCAACCGUAUCGCCUCGGAUUUUAUCGAUGCCGUCCUUCCCUCGUCACCUACUACUGGUCGUCAACGGGCUUCCGUGUCUGGCCAUUCCGCCUCCUAUGUAUCCCAGUCUGAUACUAUCCCGGACGAUUCACUUCUGUCCCCCGAAAAAUUUUCAGACCAGAAUAUCGAUCCCGAACUUCCCACAAGCAACACAAUGCUGAGCUCCUCUCCACCACGCACCCCCUCGCCCCGACGAAAACGUCUUUCUUUUACUUCUCGGAAUCACCAAGAUGGCGCCGAUUUACUGAUGUACCUGGCAAAUUCCCCCACUCCAAUCACUCUUGGAGAUAGAACUCGCAUACCUGAUUUCUUCCCUUCGACUCCUCCUGCUCAGCAUGCCUACCUACCUUCCCUCCUUUCUACCCCCGGCGGCGGGUUUGGCAUGAACUUUAAUACGCCUGGUCAGCCAUUCAACUUUGCUGAUUUUGUGAAUGUUACUCCCAGCCCUGCACAGCGUCCAUGGGGCAACAACCGAACACCUCGUGUUGGCCCAAAGACGCCCAUCGUUACGAAGGAAGUGAGGAAGCGGCUUAACUUCGAUGCCCUUGUUCCUCCGUCUGGUAGCCCAAACACAAAAACUUCCGAAAGAAAAGUUGGCCUGGCUCUACAACUGGGCGAAGAACUUCACUUCUAA